AUGGAAGGAGCUUCCACGAAAGGCGUGUUGAGUCAUUUGAGUCUCCUGGAAGUUCAGGCCAGGAGCUGCAGAAGUUCGCAUCAACAGAGUCACGUUCGGGAGCUAAAGGCUAAAGUUGAAGCCCUGACAGCCCAGAGGGACCAGCUGAAGGCAGAGAUACAAACGCACAAGAAUCUCCAGAAGCUGAGGUUGUCUACCGACAAAGGAGGCGCAGAAGAAGAAGAGGAAGCAAUGGAUGAAGACUCUGAGAGCUCUCUUCUGCGGCUGAUGGCCCGACACACUGAGCUGAAAGACCUUCUGCAUGCUCAUCACCUCAUUGGCGGGUACGACGCCAUAAAGACUCGCCAUGGUAAAGGAGUGUGUGUGUCUGUGGCCACUGCUUACGAGGGUGUCUGUUUGGAGACCUUCAAUCUGGAGCUGGACCUGAAGCCAAAAGUGAGGAUCAUUCGCCACAACAUCCCCCCCUUCAUUCCCCUCAAUGACCUCGCUGAGAAAAGCAACAUGCAGACAGACACGAGGGCUUUUCUGGACGCUCUCAGUCUGCAUCUCAACGCCUUGGCUGGUCGCAAGCAGCAGCUGAAGCUUGUUAAGGAGCAGCAUAAAUCUGUUGAAGUGAUGGAGAGCAACGUCUUGUGUUCAAUACUGGUGCUGAUGGUCACUGUGCCAAAAAAAAGGACGUCCAUCAUCUGCACGUUGGAUUACGCAGACCACACCAGGUAUCUGCCCACAAGAGUCCACUUUGAAUGUGAAGAUGAGCAGCUUCCUAAAUCCCCACAGUGGAUGAACAACUGCAAACUGCUUCUGGAGACACCAGUGCACAGAGCUUUAGAAGCCAUGAAGAAAACCAGGACUAUUGUUUAG